AUGUUAAAAGUUAUUUUACCCACACUCAUAUUAAUUUCAUCAACCUGGGUUUCACCCUACAAAAACAUAUGAUCCUCCAUUCUUUUGUAUAGUUUUAUUAUUGCUUCGACUAGCCUUGGUUGAAUUUCUUAUUCAACCAUCACUAACUGAACUACAACUAAUACCCUUAUAAGUACAGACUCUUUAUCAUCACCCCUAUUAAUCCUUACCUGCUGACUCCUUCCACUAAUGAUUUUAGCAAGUCAAAAACAUGUUUUAAAUGAGCCUGUAAAUCGACAACGAGUCUAUCUUACCUUACUGAUCUCCCUACAAUUCUUCUUAAUUCUAGCUUUUAGCGCUACAGAAACCAUUAUGUUCUAUGUUAUAUUUGAAGCCACCCUCAUCCCAACAUUAAUACUUAUUACACGAUGGGGCAACCAAAAAGAACGGUUAAACGCAGGCACUUAUUUUUUAUUUUACACCCUAGCAAGCUCACUACCCCUUCUGGUAGCUCUACUCAUUCUACAUAGCUCAACAGGAACAUUAUCCUUCUUUACAAUAAGCUAUUUAAGUUCCCCCACCCUGACCCCUAUUUCACAUCAACUAUGAUGACUCGGAUGUCUCAUAGCUUUUUUAGUAAAAAUACCUCUUUACGGGGUUCACUUAUGGUUACCCAAAGCGCACGUAGAAGCACCUAUUGCUGGAUCAAUAGUACUUGCUGCUGUGUUAUUAAAACUAGGAGGUUAUGGUCUUAUGCGAAUUAUAACAAUCCUAGAACCCUUAACCAAAAACAUAGCUUACCCCUUUAUCAUCUUGGCACUAUGAGGAGUAAUUAUAACAGGAUUAAUCUGUCUACGACAAACUGAUCUAAAAUCUCUAAUUGCCUACUCAUCAGUAAGCCACAUAGGUCUCGUCGCAGCAGGGAUCUUAAUUCAAACUUCAUGAGGAUUCUCAGGAGCAUUAAUCCUAAUAAUUGCACACGGCCUAACCUCAUCAGCCCUAUUUUGUUUAGCUAACACUAACUAUGAGCGAACACAUAGCCGAACAAUGAUCAUUACCCGAGGAUUACAAAGCAUCUUUCCCUUAAUAGCUGCCUGGUGAUUUAUUUCAAGUUUAGCAAAUCUUGCUCUUCCUCCACUUCCCAAUCUCUUGGGAGAAUUACUAAUCACCUCCUCAUUAUUCAAUUGAUCCGUUUUCUCGCUUAUCUUUACAGGUUUGGGAACCUUAAUUACAGCUAGUUAUUCACUACACAUAUUCCUUACAGCACAACGAGGAACACCUCCCAACCACAUAAUACUUUUAAGCCCCACAUACACACGAGAACACCUACUUAUCUUUCUGCAUAUCAUACCUCUUGUCAUAUUAAUAAUGAAACCAGAACUAGUUUGAGGAUGAACUACAU